AACUUCAUCUCUUGCAAUUACCGGCAGCCUUUGAACUAAUCGAUCGCUGUGGUUUUGGCGACAGAUUGAUAGUCUGAUUUUGUUUCAGGCCCCAAUAAAAUCACAUAAUUUUUAAUUUUAUUAUUAUUAUUAUUAUUAUAUUUUUGAUAUAUGGUGCAAAAGAAAUAGGGAAAUCGGAGUGAAAACCUGGCAUUUCAGUGAUGGACCUUAUCUGCAGCGCUUACUCAAACGAUUCAGAUGAAGAACAAGGAGACCAACCCAAAUUCCAAAAAAGCUUCACAACCCCUUCUUCCAAACGACCCAAACUCCAAAACCCGACUCCGCUAACCAGACCCCAUCAAGCUCUGCCAACCUCCAACCACUCACCGGCCAUCCGUACAGAUGCUCAGCUUCCUGGUAAAUAUGUUUCUAAAAGAGAGCGGGCUCUCUUGGGCUCGCUUCCUGUGGCUCCUGACCCGGAAAAGCUUCCAACUUCACAAGUCUCAGUUUUCGGGACUACUUCAGAUUUGAAUAUUCGUGGUGAUAUAUUGUCAUUGUUGAGAAGUAAGACAAAGGAUCGUGCACAGCUUGCCCAAAUAUCUGAAAGGAUGUCUGUAUCUCUCUGUAGCCAUACAAAAGCUGUCAAUGCUUUACAUUGGUCACCCACCCAUGCUCACCUUCUUGCUUCUGCUGGGAUGGAUCACACAAUCUGCAUUUGGAAUGUGUGGAGCAGUGAGCAGAAGAUAGCAAGGGUAUUGCGCUUUCAUAAUGCAGCUGUAAAGGAUGUGAAGUGGUCUCAGCAAGGAUUUUCUGUACUUUCUUGUGGAUUUGACUCCUCGUCAAGGUUAAUUGAUGUUGAGAGGGGAGUGGAGACACAGAUUUUCAAGGAGGACCAAAUGGUUGGCGUUGUUAAGUUCCAUCCAUACAAUUUUAACCUUUUCCUUUCUGGAGGAUCACGAGGUUGGGCCAAGUUGUGGGAUGUUAGAAGUGGAAAGGUGGUCCAUGAAUUCUUUCGAGGUCAUGAUCCUAUCCUUGAUGUUGAAUUCUCCACCAACGGCAAGCAAAUUAUCUCGUCUUGUGAUAUAACUGGAAGCAAUAUUAGUGAAAAUUCUAUUACCGUUUGGGAUGUCUCACGACAAGUUCCCCUUUCUAAUCAGGUUUAUGUGGAAGCCUACACUUGUCCCUGUGUGAGAUACCAUCCAUUUGAUCCCCAUUUUGUUGCCCAGUCAAAUGGAAAUUACAUUGCAAUCUUCUCUUCAAGUCCACCUUACAAGCUUAACAAGUACAAGAGAUAUGAAAGCCAUGGGGUAUCUGGAUUUCCCAUUAAAUGCAGUUUCAGCUUGGAUGGAGAAAAGCUUGUUUCUGGCUCCUCUGAUGGUUCUAUGUACUUUUACGACUAUAAAUCAUCCGAGCUUGUGAAGAAAAUUAAGGCACAUGAGCAGGCCUGCAUAGACAUUGCUGUCCAUCCCAUUUUAACUAAUGUAAUUGCUUCAUGCAGUUGGAAUGGGGAGGUUUCAGUGUUCGAGUGACUCAACAUGAUUCAGUACGAGGCUGUCUUAAGAAUGGAGAAAGAUUGUUCAGCAAUAUCCUAUACUUGGUUAUGAAGACAAUCUGACCAUGGUCGAAAGAAGUUAGAACUGUCACAGUUUAUAUCUAUGCCAUUCGGCCUUCUUGUGCCUCUAAUGUUUCUCUUAAUCUUUUUGUUUUCUUCUUGAGUGAAACGGAGACAACUUGUUUCAGCUUAUGACACUUUUUUGGGUCCAAGAUCUGGACUAUUGUAAAUCUAACAAUACUGGGGAUUUAGGUUGGCUAACUGUGUGCUUUCAUUAAAGUUGUUUUCUAAUUAAUGUCAUUCUUCCUUGGAAAGUGGGCUAUAUGGAAGCCCAUGUGACACUAUACGUGAUAUUGGUAAAUGGGAUUGUACUUUAAUUUGGGCCAAGACAAAUCUGUAUGGUACUUGAUGAGCUGUUUUUGGAGCUUCCUGAA